AUGCAAAAAAAGUCAUAUCAAAUAGCAAAAAUUGGAGUAACUGUAGUUUCAGUUUCGCGUAAGCGUAUUCAUUCAGGUAUUCACAAAAGACAUCGAAGAGAGGUAUUGUCUAAUAAUCAAAACUUGGAAGAAACGAAAAGUAUAUCAAUUCCAUUUGAUCAAUAUAAAUCAGAAACAUUCUCUCAUACUUCAAUUCAUUCAUCUAUUCUUGAACUGCAUGAAAUUUCAUCAAUUAAAGAUGUACAUCAUCCUAUUUCAACAACAUCAUCAUUUAAUAAAUCCUUUACUUUUUCCAAGAACGAUGAUGCUUCAAGUAUUUUAUUGAGAACAAAAUCAGUUGAAGAAUAUCGAGAACAAAAACCGAAUAAAAGCAGUCGUCGAUAUACAAAGCCAAUCAUAGCAAGAGAAUUCAAGAAAUCAUUAAAAGAUAUUGAAAAUAACGAAAAUAAUAAAAGAAAUCGACGUCGUCGUAUUUACAAAAUUUGUCCAGCAUAUUUUAAUUAUUGUUGUCUUUCAGCAAUUAUUGGAAUUUUAUUAUUUCUUUUUGGUAUUGCUGCUCUCCUCGUUUUUAUUUUCACAACUAAACAUAUAACAACCACAACGACAUCAACUACAAGCACAACGACGACUCCAACACCUCCUUGUACACCAACAUCUGUUGGCUCUGCAAGUACUCUUUAUACGACAUCAUCUGGUAGUGGAACUUCGUAUACAUGUUUCGCCUAUGAAUGGACGUCACCUACUACAGGUCUAGUUACUCUUGCCUUUGAAUUGCGUCAUGAUCCAGACUUAUGGUUUCUUGAUGAUGUAUCAGUAUAUGCUGGAGCUGUUCAAAUGCUAAGUAAUACAGGUUUUGAAACUGGUUCUCUUUCACCUUGGGUAAGAACAACACCGUAUGGAUCUUGUUGGGGAACAGCAGGUCAUUCGUGUAGUAGUUAUUCGUCUCACAGUGGAAAUUAUGAGAUUUGUGAUGGAAGUAAUGGAUGUGCUGAUUGA